AUGGGACAUUCACGAUUGUCUUCUUCACCAGCACAGGUGGCUGUCCUGAUCGAUACCCACCCCCAGAACCCACCGGUCCACUUACUGCUUGUGGCCAGCAUUGUCAUCCGCAUGACAAUCACAGCAGUAGCCCGGCUGGCACAGUCCCCACCUCCCUGCUCGGCUGGCCACUCUGGCGAGGAAUGGGAUGACAAGUCUCCCUGCUCAGCCACUGAGUGGCCGGCCGAGCAGGGAGGCAGAGCAGCACUAGCCAAGGGACUGCUGCGACUGACGUACUGUCAACAACGGCGACUGUGGGCAGUGAGUGAUACGGAAGAUGCAAGUGAAACUGAUCUGGCAAAGCAUGAUGAGGAAGAUUACGUAGAAAUGAAGGAACAGAUGUAUCAGGAUAAAUUGGCAUCACUUAAGAGGCAGCUACAGCAAUUACAAGAAGGUACUUUGCAGGAAUAUCAGAAGAGAAUGAAAAAGCUGGAUCAGCAGUACAAGGAGAGGAUACGUAAUGCAGAGCUUUUUCUCCAGCUGGAAACAGAACAAGUAGAAAGGAACUACAUCAAGGAGAAGAAAGCAGCAGUGAAGGAAUUUGAAGAUAAAAAAAUUGAGCUGAAAGAAAAUUUAAUUGCUGAAUUAGAAGAAAAGAAAAAGAUGAUAGAGAGUGAGAAGUUAACCAUGGAGCUGACAGGUGAUUCCAUGGAAGUGAAGCCCAUCAUGACAAGAAAACUGAGGAGGCGGCCAAAUGAUCCUGUCCCCAUACCCGACAAGAGGAGGAAGCCAGCCCCCGCUCAGCUCAAUUAUCUCCUAACCGAUGAACAGAUAAUGGAGGAUCUGAGAACACUCAAUAAGCUUAAAUCACCCAAAAGACCAGCAUCUCCUUCAUCACCAGAACACCUUCCAGCUACGCCUGCUGAAUCCCCAGCGCAACGAUUUGAGGCCAGAAUAGAAGAUGGCAAACUUUACUAUGAUAAAAGAUGGUAUCACAAGAGCCAGGCUAUUUAUCUGGAGUCGAAAGAGAACACCAAAAUCAGCUGUGUGAUCAGCUCCGUGGGAGCCAACGAGAUCUGGGUAAGGAAAACCAGCGACAGCACAAAGAUGAGGAUCUACCUUGGCCAGCUCCAGCGAGGGGCGUUUGUGAUCCGCCGGCGGUCGGCCGCAUGACUUUCUGCCUGGGCAUCUCUGAUGUGUUAAAGACAAUCGGCUCUUGACGGAGACUUUGUGGUUGCUGUUGCUCUUUCCGGGUUUUACUGGUAGAAGACAUUGCUUCCCCUGGCCCUUCACGAAGCUGUCUGUAUGCUUCCCACAUGGUUCCGGUCAUCCUUGUCUCUCUUUGUGAGCUGAAGCAAGGCCCCGGAGCCUGACCUGAGGCUUUCGUUUCGCUUUCUUUUCCCCCAAAGACUCCUAAAGGAGAAGAGCUGCCAGUAUUCUCAACUCGUUCCAUGCUUAGGACAUGAAAAAGGAUGCGCCCGGUAUCUUAGCCUCUGCGGCGUGACACCAGCACAAUAUCCCAGUGGGGAUUUAACAUCCAAGAGGCCAUGAAUUGAGGAGGACGUGAAUCUGACUGUAAUGUAUGUUUCAAAAGCUAGCGUGUGAUAUUGCUGACUGAGAAGGGCCUACAAGGAAGUUGUUAGCAUGAGUUCGUGUGCAGGAGCCUGACAUUUCCAUUGCAUUUAUAAAAAAACAUGGUGAAGCAA